AUGCAUCACAACUUUUAUUCUUAUCUAUCUAUCUAUCUAUCUAUCUAUCUAUCUAUCUAUCUAUACCAUAUUUUUAUUGCUGCUAAUAUUUUUUAUCUAUCUAUCUAUCUAUCUAUCUAUCUAUCUAAGUAUAUAUUGAUUUUUAUUGCUGCUAAUAUUUUUAUCUAUCUAUCUAUCUAUCUAUCUAUCUAUCUAUCUAUCUAUCUAUCUAUCUAUCUAUCUCAGUAUAUAUUGUGCAUAAUAAUGAUUUCUUUCAACCUCUCUCUCUUUCCAUCUUUCUCUCUUUCUACCUCUCUCUCUUUCCAUCUUUCUCUCUUUCAACCUCUCUCUUUUCCAUCUUUUCUCUUUCUACCUCUCUCUUUUCCAUCUUUCUCUCUUCUACCUCUCUCUUUUCCAUCUUUCUCUCUUUCUACCUCUCUCUUUUCCAUCUUUUCCAUCUUCUACCUCUCUCUCUUUCCAUCUUUCUCUCUUCAACCUCUCUCUUUCCAUCUUUCUCUCUUUUCCACCUCUCUCUCUUUUCAUCUUUCUCUCUUCCACCUCUCUCUUCCAUCUUUCUCUUUUCCACCUCUCUCUUUUCCAUCUUUCUUUUUUCUUUUCCUCUCUCUUUUCCAUCUUUCUCUUUCUACCUCUCUCUUUCCAUCUUUCUCUCUUUCUACCUCUCUCUUUCCAUCUUUCUCUCUUUCUACCUCUCUCUUUCCAUCUUUCUCUCUUCAACCUCUCUCUCUCUUUCCAUCUUUCUCUCUUUCUACCUCUCUCUCUUUCCAUCUUUCUCUCUUUCUACCUCUCUCUCUUUCCAUCUUUCUCUCUUUCUACCUCUCUCUCUUUCCAUCUUUCUCUCUUUCUACCUCUCUCUCUUUCCAUCUUUCUCUCUUUCUACCUCUCUCUCUUUCCAUCUUUCUCUCUUUCUACCUCUCUCUCUUUCCAUCUUUCUCUCUUUCUACCUCUCUCUCCAUCUUUCUCUCUUUCUACCUCUCUCUCUUUCCAUCUUUCUCUCUUUCUACCUCUCUCUCUUUCCAUCUUUCUCUCUUUCUACCUCUCUCUCUUUCCACCUUCCUGUGA